UCGAAACUCUCUCUACUUCUCUCUUUUUCAGAUUAUGUUGCCAAGCAAUUCUUUGAUGUCUUGUGUCGAUUUUGCAGAGAAAAGAUGAAGAUUUUGCAAGGAGAUAAGGAGAAGAAGAAGAAGACUCAAUUACAUGGUUCGGCCAAGAUGCCUACGUCCAUGGGAAGCUCUCUUACUUUUCUUUUUCUUUAAAGAUUGCUUUACAGAAGUUUAGUCUUUACUAGAGAAAUAUGAAGACUGCAUGUAGUAAAACUGAUUAGUAGGUAUUUAUAUUACAUACUUUUGUCAAUUACAAGAUGUAAAAAUUUGUUAAGUAAAACUAAACUAGCUGAAAUAUGUAUUUGAGUAUCGUUUUACAUAUUCAUUAAAAAAAAUUCAAACCAAUUCAUUUAUAUUUUAGAACCAACCCAAAACAGGUGGGUUGGAUUGGGUUGCACCGAGGCUUUGGUUUUUUUAACACCCCCCUAUUUCUAUGUGUUAUAUCAAAAAAAAAAAAAAAAAAAAACAACUGAAACCACGUCGUUUCUGCUUUUGCAUUUUUUCUAAAGAAUGAGAAGCUUUCGAGUUCAGAAUUCAGAACAUAGUUUGCAAUAGUUUCUGAUCGGCCUUCGCUCUGGAAGCUUUGAUGCCGCGGAAGACGGGAAGCAAGCCUCCUACUCUGGUGGAUUUAACAAGCAGCGACGAUGAGGAAGCUGCAGCAAACACAAUGUCAAACAAAAUAGCGUCGAAUUCUCUGACGAGACUCCAAGAACAAGGAGGCAGUGCUACGCCGAUUGUAUCAUCAUCGAACGAUAAAGCUCUUGAUUACCGCUGUUUUUGGAAAGCCGGAAAUUUCGAUUUCGGCAUUACUUCAAGCCCUCUUCCUGAUGAUGGAGACUUGGAGCAUGCCCGAGUUCAUCCGAAGUUUCUUCAUUCCAAUGCCACUUCACACAAAUGGGCGUUUGGCGCAAUUGCUGAGCUUCUGGAUAAUGCUGUGGACGAGAUACACAAUGGGGCAACGUUUGUGAAGGUUGAUAAAGUUGAUAUAAUGAAGGAUAAUUCUCCAGCUUUACUUUUCCAUGAUGAUGGUGGGGGAAUGGAUCCUGCUGGCAUUCGGAAAUGUAUGAGUUUGGGAUAUUCUUCAAAGAAGUCAAACACAACAAUAGGACAAUAUGGGAAUGGAUUUAAAACAAGCACCAUGCGACUUGGAGCUGAUGCAAUUGUUUUCACUCGUGCGAUUCAUGGAGGCACUGCAACUCAGAGUGUUGGCCUUUUAUCCUACACCUUUCUACGGAUGACCAGCCAGGAUGAUGUUAUUGUUCCAAUGAUUGAUUUCGAUAUUUCGGGUCAUUGGGCAGAACCGAUAAUUUAUGACUCUCAAGACGAUUGGUCUUCUAAUUUGAAAACUAUCCUUGAAUGGUCUCCUUUUUCAUCAAAGGAGGACCUCAUGAUACAGUUUGAGGAUAUUGGACGUCAUGGAACAAAAGUCAUCAUAUUCAAUCUCUGGUUGAAUGAUGAAGGCAUUUAUGAAUUGAAUUUUGACGAUGAUGAUGAGGAUAUACGGUUGAGGAAUGAAGCUAAUCAAGGAGGUUUGAGAAAACUGCGUAAAAGCAUUGCUGAAUUGCAAUCACAUAUUUCUUAUCAAAUUCGCUAUUCGUUAAGGGCAUAUAUUUCAAUAUUAUAUCUGAAAAGAUUUACAAACUUCAACAUCAUCCUGAGGGGAAAACCAGUCGAGCAGCAUAGUAUUGCAGACGACUUGAAGUACUCAAAAGUAGUUACAUAUAAGCCUCAACUACAUGUAGUAAAAGAGGUCUUGGUGGAUACAACCAUUGGAUUUAUAAAAGAGGCACCAGCUCUUGGAGUUUGUGGGUUCAAUGUGUAUCACAAAAACCGACUUAUUAUGCCCUUCUGGAAAGUUACUGGCGAUGGCACUUCAAAAGGGCUUGGUGUUGUGGGAGUUCUCGAAGCAAACUUCUUAGAGCCAGUGCAUGACAAACAGGGAUUUGAGAGAUCAUCUGCAUUUAUCCGGCUUGAAACUAGACUGAAGCAAAUGGUAAUGGAGUAUUGGAAAUCCUGCUGUCACUUAGUGGGAUAUAAGCCCCCAGGUUUAUAUUAUCUGGAGAAGAGUAGGGGGAAUCAAACUUCUACCGGACCUGCAGCUAACAUUCAGAAUACAUUGGCUAAGGAACAAUAUGAUGGUCCUCCCAAAGGUUCCAACAAAGAACCGAACACUAUCCAGGAUUUUGACGUCUCAGGAAAGUCAUAUGUUGAUCGCAUCUGUGAAGAGAAUAUUGAUCUGUUUAUGAGGUGCGAAGAACAUGCAAACAAAGAAAUUCAAUUGCAAGAACUGGUCGACAGCUUAGAGAAGGAGCUAAAGGAAACCAAAAGGAAGCAUGCUCAACUAUUAUUAGUUGUGGAGGCCAAGAGGAAGCAAACAAAUGCAAAAUAGCUGACUGACAACGAUGCGAUUCUCAGUCCAACUACUGCAAUGCACCACAAUUAAUACAUCUGACCUCUCACUUUGCCUCCUACAUUCAAGUUUUUGGCUUAUGAAGGCUCCAUGUUACAUUUCUUCAUGGAGAGUAGAGACAGCCACUUUCUUAUAUUCUCUAUUUGCAAUUUAAGAGAUGACAGAAGUCUUCCCGCGCCUCUUUUGAGGAAUUAGCAAUCUUUUGGACGCAUGAAAGUCCAAGCAAUCUGGAAGAAGUUCUCUGCUAAUGAACCAGAUGAUUGGUUUCAGUUACUUGAUAUAUCACUAAUGCGUAGGCAAGUUAAAAACUGUUGUGUUUUCUUUUCCAAUAUAUGCCUAUGAAAUGUAGUAUUUUGAGUAUCGAGAACCAUCAGUUGAGUAUCAGUGUUAAUCUUUGGAAGCUUACACAUUUCC